ACACAUAGUACUGUAGUUUANCCCCCCACACACACACACACACUCACACUCUCCACUAAUCUGAUAUUGCUUCUGGUGAAUGCUGCCUGCACAGUAGCUCGACCAGAGUUGGAAAACAGAUUACUAGCUCGAUUUGAUGCGGCUUCACAGAAGCGGGAGUUGUCUACAAUGCGGGAAUGUGCUAAAAUUUUGUCGCAGUUUAAUAGGGGUACCAGUGCUAUGCAACACUAUGUGGGAUUAUGUCCAAUGUUCGAUGUGGAGGUCAUGAAUGCAGAUGCUGAAUUGGUUCUUGGAGAUCAGGGUGCCCAGCCCAGCCCUAGCAAUGUCGCGCGUGGUCUUUCUUCAAUUUUUAAAGAGAUUACAGAGACUGUGCGGAAAGAAGCAGCCACUAUUGCAGCCGUUUUUCCUUCCCCAAACGAUGUAAUGUCAAUACUGGUUCAGCGUGUUUUGGAGGAUCGUGUUCCAAAGCUUCUUGAGAAGCUCUUACUGAAACCGUCUCUUGUCAGUGCACCUCCCAUGGAAGAAGGAGGACUUAUAUUAUAUCUCAGAUUGCUAGCCGUGGCAUAUGAGAAGACACAGGAGCUUGCAAGAGAUUUACGUGGGGUAGGGUGUGGCGACUUGGAUGUUGAAGGAUUAACAGAAUCUCUGUUUCUACCACACAAAGACAUAUACAUCGAGUAUGAGCAGGCCUCUCUUAGACAACUUUACAAAGCUAAGAUGGAGGAGCUGCGUACCGAAGGCCAGCAAUCCUCUGAGUCAUCUGGAACAAUUGGACGCUCAAAAGGUGCUUCAAUGGCAUCCUCUCACCAGCAAAUUUCUGUCACUGUGGUGACAGAGUUUGUGCGUUGGAAUGAAGAAGCAGUAUCCAGAUGCACUUUGUUUUCAUCACAGCCUGCUGCAGUUGCUGCAAAUGUAAGAGCUGUUUUUACAUGCCUUCUAGAUCAAGUUAGUAUAUACAUAACUGAAGGUCUUGAAAGAGCCAGAGACAGCCUUACCGAGGCUGCUGCUUUGAGGGAAAGAUUUGUGCUUGGAACUAGCGUUAGUCGAAGGGUAGCUGCUGCAGCUGCUUCUGCUGCAGAAGCAGCAGCUGCGGCUGGUGAAAGCAGUUUCAGAUCUUUCAUGGUUGCUGUGCAACGUUGUGGGAGCAGUGUGGCUAUUGUGCAGCAAUAUUUCGCAAACUCUAUAUCUCGGCUUUUACUACCUGUGGAUGGUGCGCAUGCUGCUUCCUGUGAAGAAAUGGCUACAGCUAUGUCAAGUGCUGAGGGUGCUGCUUAUAAGGGGCUUCAGCAGUGCAUUGAAACUGUUAUGGCAGAGGUGGAACGCAUACUUUCAACUGAACAAAAAGCCACAGAUUAUCGAUCACCUGAUGACGGCAUUGCCCCUGACCAUCGGCCAACACAAGCUUGUUCAAAAGUUGUCGCAUACCUUUCACGGGUGCUUGAAUCGGCAUUCACAGCACUGGAAGGGCUUAACAAACAAGCUUUCCUGACUGAAUUGGGGAAUCGUUUACACAAAGGCUUGCUUAAUCAUUGGCAAAAAUUCACUUUUAAUGCAAGUGGAGGACUGCGUUUGAAGCGUGAUAUAACAGAGUAUGGGGAGUUUGUUCGUAGUUUCAAUGCCCCUUCUGUUGAUGAGAAAUUUGAACAGCUGGGCAUCAUGGCAAAUGUGUUUAUUGUUGCUCCAGAAAGUCUUUCCACACUGUUUGAGGGAACCCCGAGCAUUAGGAAAGAUGCACAAAGGUUCAUUCAGCUUCGGGAGGAUUACAAGAGUGCAAAGCUUGCAGCGAGACUCAGCUCCUUAUGGCCUAGCUCUAGUUAGAACCAAAAUCACAUGCUAAUUAGAGUUGAACUUUUAUUAUAGUGGUGAACUGGACAGAGUGCAGUUGUAUUGUGAGCUUUUCCACCACCUCAUGCUGGCUGUCUAUUACCCGAGCUCAGUGAUAAAGAAACAUCGUUGAUACCAGAGAAAUUCAUCCUUGGAAGAAAUUAAUUUGGAGCCCCCUUUUGUGGAUAUCGUCAUUUAUUGUUUACUCAAGAUCUACUGGUAUAUGUUUAAUUUUUUUUUUUUUUUUUUUUUUUUUGAAAUAGAUUUGGAACAUGCAAGGUUUUUGCGAAUUGCGAUAAGUCUCUUUAUUUGCUAGGUGUGCAGUUGUAUUGUCAGAAGUAGAUAAAAGAAAUGUACCAGUUUACUGCUA